AGCACGUAAACAUGGCGACUGGCUAACAUAUAAUAAUAGAAGAGCCACUUAGUUCAUAAAUUUUGUUCCGAUUACUUAUCGUACGACUAACAUGUCGAAGAAGACAGAAGGUGGGAGAACAUUCCAUGUAUCUGUGAUAGGUUUAUCGGGUUUGGACCACGAGAAAAAUUUAUAUGGCGUCGGUAAAUCAUGCCUGUGCAAUAGAUUUGUGCGGCCAUUAGCGGACGAAUACAUACUCGAGCAUUCUUCAAUAUACAGUUCUUCAGAUUUUGCCGGCCGCGUUAUAAACAACGAUCACUAUUUAUAUUGGGGAAGUGUUGUGAAACAGUCUGAUGAUGGUUCAGAUCAAACAUUUCAGCUUGUGGAGCAAACAGAGUUUAUCGAAGAUUCGAGUCUGACAACUCUUACGCGCGGUGGACAAAUCUCACCUUAUGUAAAGCGUUGUGCUGCUGUUAAGUUACAAUCCCAAGAGAAGUUGAUGUACAUUAGUCGUGAUCAGGUUGCAUUGCAAAGUGAGUAUGAACAAGUACAACUGCCUGGUGGUAAAUUUACUGUUGAUGGUUUUGUUUGCGUUUACGAUGUGUCGUCUCGAGGAAAGGCUGACGACCAAGAAAUGUUGUACGCAUCUCUUUUAUCCGUCUUACAAAAGACGAAAAAACCUGUGGUUGUCGCUGCUACUAAAUGUGAUGACCUUCUCAAAAACUCCUUGGAUAACUGCCAUAAACUUUUUACCAGUAAGAAACUCACCAAUGUGCCUAUUAUUGAAUGUUCGGCUCAAGAAAACGUGAAUGUCGAUCUUGUUUUUUCGUUGCUGGCUCAACUGAUAGAAAAAGGUCGUAUUCGGUCGAGGAUAACACCUUACAGUGAAUCAAAACAAAUUCAGAAAGAAAAGAUCACGGAUGCUUUGGGUCAAUAUCAAAAGUUAGUUGAAGAACAAAUUAAUAAUUUUCAAUCGAUUUGGAAGAAUACGAAAAAAAAAUUUGAAAGUAGAUGUGAGUAUUUGACUGUACGUGAUUUAUGUGGUAUUGAUACUUGUAAAAAGAUAUUUAAUAAACAUAUACGGCGUUUGAAGAAAGAAGCAGAAGACAUAAAACUUGCAGAAUAUUUAACUAAGGUACCGGAGGCUUUAAACGAUAUGUUUCCCACGAUAAAAAGUAUUAAUGGUUUGCAACAGGACUCGUCCAAAUGGAGAAAAGCGAUCAAAGAGCACUUACUGUUUGAUAAAUGGUUUAUGGAACUUUCAAAUGGCAACUCUUGGCAAGAUAGUGAAAAUUUGACUGUCGAAACCUCUCUUGUUCCAUUCGAUGUCUUGGGUUGUGAUGAGGUCGAGUCUUGUUUUAUCAAACAUGUUGAAAAACUAAAAGAAGCCGAAGUAUUCGCUCGCAUGAAAAAAGAAUUUCAACGUCUUUUACAGCUUACACCGCAAAUUCAACCGGGUACACCUUGGGACGACGCUGUUUUACUGUUAAAAAACGAAGAAAGCUACAAAUAUCUUAGCGACGAUGACAAAUUGGGAAUAUUUUUGAAGUAUCAAGAAGAAAUUCGAGAGCAAGGACGCAUUGACUUACAAGAAUUACUUUUCGAAUCUGCGAAGUUGUUUGCAAAUUUUGGUCCUUCAUGCCGACCUACAACAGAAAAACUCCAUCAAAUUUGCAACGAACUUCAAAAAGAUGAACGCUACAGACGUUUGGACAAACUUCCAAACGAAAGAGAUACAAUGUUGUGGAAUCAUAUUGCUCUGAUACACAGUCCGACUCGUUGUCUUGGUCCUGAAGGAAAAUGUAUGGACAGGUUAAUUCAAGAUGUCGUUGCCACCACCGAUCAAAGGCCUUUGUCAUCGUUUCUUAGUGGUAGUUGUGAUACAUUUGAUUCUGAAGACAGUCUAGUCACAUUGGUUCUUGUGGGUGCCGAUGAUCUCGCUAAAGAAUUUGCUAAUGGAGUAGAGAAACGUUGCUAUGGUGAACAUAUGGAAUAUCCUUUCGAGAACAAAUUGUAUGAAUUGGAUAUGAAAAUCGUCGAAGACAAUGAUGAAAAAGUGGUUGAUGUCUUUGGCGAAUUGGACGACAUCAGCAUGACUGGUCUGUGUUGUGUGUUCUCCUCGCAAGACUCAUUUAAUUACGUCGAGUCAUACCUCGAGAAGACAAUGGGGCAGUCGGAUGACAUUUUGAGAGAAGACGUUCCCAUAGUGUUGGUGUUUGCGCAUGACACUCAGAAGGCGCAUGCUCAGAAGGAACUGAGAUCAAGAGCGCAGGAUCUUGUAAAGAGGUACAAUUGUGAGUUUAUCGACGUCCAUAUUAGCCAUUUCUAUCGAGAUCAGUUGAUCACCGAUACUCAAGUAGACUUGGCAAUCAAACAUAUAUUGGAGUGUAUUCGAAAUCAAACAACAUCGCGGUGUAUUUCUGACGAUAUCAAGGAUCCUGAUCCUGACUUGAGGAUUUUGUUAUGUGCAAAUUGUGGCGAUCCAUAUCCUGUGGAGUUGAUCUUGGGUCCCCUAUUCACAAAUCAAUCAUGCUCAAAAUAUCCAAAUAGAAAUGAUAGCGUUAUUCUGGAGACUUUUGUUGGGACUGAGAAGAAGAAAGUGAUGAUAACAUUUACCUCUUAUCAUCGAGCGUAUAGUUUAAACAUGCAAAAGUACCAUGGUUAUAUACUCGUGUAUUCUGCCGUCAGAGCUGCAUCGCUGUCCACCUUAAGUGUAUACGCUGCUUCAAUACCAACAAUUCCUAUUCAAGUUCUUGCGACGACUGGAAGUUAUUCUGGAGCGAGUGUUGUAUUUCAUAGUAAUGUUGCCAAGACCUUACUUGCUGACGGCACAAAUCUUGCCAGCAGACUUUAUGCAAAGUUUCAAACAACGUCAGCUCAUUUUCAGUUUCAAGCUGGUGCAUUUACUCCGUUCUUUAAUCGUGUUUGGGAGAAAAGAGAGGAAUCAGAAGAAACAUAUCUCGAUCAUAUCGCUGUUUUCUCUGAUUCUCUUCAACGCAAGAAACAUGAUCCACUACCUGAUGUUCCUCCAUCACCUUACAAUGCUAAACUACAUCGCAAUCGAAGCUACAGCGAGCAUCUUAAUCCUUCUGCGACCCUAAUAUUCCGUGACAUCCAUACCUCAUCCAAAAACGUAGCAAGAACACAAGCUUCUCCUUAUGAACAAAUAUCGUUGCUUCAUGAUGGUGAAGAGUCCCUACGCUGUUGUGAAAAGAAGAUCAUUCACCGAAGCUUGUGGCACAAAAAUAUUGAUGAUUUGAAUGCUUUAGUUGACAUUUUUAUCAAGCUGUCUCUUCAAACAAGUCUAGGACAAUGUUUUAACGUACAUCAUCCACCAUUCACCAGCACACCGAAUGCCAGUUCAACAGAAGAGGUGCAACCAUAUGCUUCAACAACACCACUCAGAGCUGAAAUAAAUGCCAGGUCAACAGAAGAGGUGCAACCAUAUGCUUCAACAACUUCACUCAGAGCUGAAAUAAAUGCCAGGUCAACAGAAGACGUGCAACCAUAUGCUUCAACAACUUCACUCAGAGCUGAAAUAAAUGCCAGCUCAACAGAAGACGUGCAACCAUACGCUUCAACAACGCCACUCAGAGCUAAAAUAAAUGCACCACAACCUCAUCAAAGUGUUGAGAAUGUUGAACACCUUUACUCGAAGGUUGAUCGUUCAGCCAUUUUGAAAGCAGUUAAAGAUGAGACGCGUGGUGCAUCUCCAGAACGUCCAUUGAAUCCUCCUUACGAGGACAUACGAAAGUAUCAAAGAAAUGAAAAUUGUGAUACACCACCUCCUGUUCCACUUCGUACUAUUCAUGAUAUGGAUGAUCUGAACGAAAUGGAAAAUCGAGAUGAUAACGAACCAUACUCUAGCAUACAAACUACAAUGAGUAAUAAUCUUGAUGAAGGAUAUUCGACUGUUGAUGACACUAAGCAACGUGCUAAUAAACUACCGAACGGCGAUCCAUAUGAAAUGGAUACCAAGCGUAAAAUUAGAUUUUUUACUGAACGGAUUACACCACCUGUACCUGAAGACAGCAGGCGAUUUCCAAGCGAUAGUUUACGAAGAUUGCAUGAUAAAAAAUCGGUUCCAAGCCUCAUUAGACAGUUCUCAAACAGUGCUCCUCUAGCCCAGAUGGAGGAGUCUGAGGUUCCUGAUUACGCUACUAUUGAGGAAAUAAAUAGAAAGAUGAAUCGACAUUCAGCGAUUCCCGAAAUCACAACCAAUCAUUCUGACAAUGUAGUCAUGCGCAAUAUAAAUAAAGAGAGCCAACGAUCGGCAAGAUCUGCCGACGAAAACACAAUAGCUGAGCUGAUGGGAAAUGCUGGAAACAUUGCUGCCCAAAGACGACUUGAAUGUCGUCGAAUGAGUCCUGGCAAACGUUUACCUUUGCCAGAGAUACCCAGUGAUAUAACUUCUCCGGUAUCAGAACAAUCAUCGCCUUUAGCAGAUAUUCCCCACCCCCCUGGAAGUUAUUCGGUUUGUUCUGAUGAUGGACAGACAGCUGACGACGAAGCAACAAUUGAUCGAUCGAAGAAACUUCGUAUUCCAAGCAUACGACGGUCACGUAAGAACUCUCCGAUGACAGUACGACGUGUACAGGAUGUUGGAAAACGUUCACGUAAUCGAAAACGGAAAGAAGCAGAUAGUAAAAUAAGCGAGCCGACUAUCAGUCGAAGUAAAAGUGUGCCACGAAAUUUCAAUCCUUUAACGAAGCGCUACGAAACUGGUGUAUGGAUCGCUGCUACAAACCAGGCCAAAUAUAACAGUAUUUCUAUGGGAUAUAGGGGUAUGUCCCCGCGUCUUGAUGAUGCUGAAUCUGUUACAGAAGAGGAUACAGAAGACGACACAUUAACUAGAAAGCGUAAAAAAGACGAGAAAGAAGCAGAAAGAAAUCGAAAACGCGAGGAGAAAAAACAAAAGAAACGUGAAAAAUUACAAAAGAAAAAGCAGGAACGAAUACGAAAGAAAGAAGAAGAAUUUCGUCGAAAAAAAUCGAAAGGAAAUACAAGUCGCUAUUUUGGCCAUCCACUAUCUGAAAUUUGUCCUGAAAACUCCUUUGUACCACUUUUUGUCACGAAAUGCAUCAAAUUCGUUGAAGAUAACGGUAUGCAAACCAAGGGAAUUUACAGAGUUAGCGGUAACAAGGCUGAUGUUGAAGCUGUUCAUCAAAGAUUCGAAGAAGAUCAAAGUAAAGAUUUUACUGAGUUAGGAUUUAGUGUACACGCUGUCACUGGGGCUCUUAAGUCUUUUUUUACCAAACUUCCUGGCGCUUUAAUUCCCAGCGAUAGCUACGAUGGUAUCAUCCAGGCGACAACAAUGAUGGAUGCAAAUGAGAGAUUUUCGGAGUUGCGAAAGAUCAUGAAAGAGUUGCCACCACAAAAUUAUUCCGUGUUCAAACGUUUAAUGUUUCAUCUUAACAAAAUAACCGAGUUGAAAGACAUUAAUAUGAUGGAGUCACGAAACCUUGCUAUCGUUUUCUGGCCAACGCUUGCCCCACCUGUCGUUGCAUCUAUUGACAAUUUUUCACGAACUAUGAACAUGUGUCUUUUUGUGCAAACAUAUAUUGAGCAUUGCACGGAACUGUUUAAAGAUGAAUGAAUUUUAGUAGAAACUAUUUUAUUAAAUGUGUAACAAAAAUUUGUACAUGUCCUAGAAAUAAUCUUUUCAAAACAGUGCUGUAAAUCUGUAUCAUGUACUUAGUAUUAUUUCAAUUUUUUCCUGAUGUUGCUAAGGACUGUAGUUAUAUUUCUAAUGUAUUUUUAUUGUAUAUAUAAUUUUAUGUGGAAAAAUUAUGCUUUUUAACGUAUUUUUGGAAUAGCUGGAAUCAAGAAUUUUUUUGUUUAACUGUGGAAAUAAAUGUGUGAUCUUUUGA